AUGGAGGUGCGGGAGCCGGCGGCGGCGCCCCUCAACCGCUCCGGCGCCGGGGCAGAGCCGCCCCGCGGGGAGUUCAACCUCUCCGGGCUGCCGGAGGCAGAGGGCAAGCCCCUCUUCGGGAUCGGCAUCGAAAACUUCAUCACCUUGAUCGUCUUCGGCUUGAUCUUCGCCCUGGGGGUGCUGGGCAACUCGCUGGUGAUCACAGUGCUGGCGCGGAGCAAGCCGGGCAAGCCUCGCAGCACCACCAACAUCUUCAUCCUCAACCUGAGCAUUGCUGACCUGGCCUACCUGCUCUUCUGCAUCCCCUUCCAGUCCACAGUCUACGUGCUGCCCACCUGGGUGCUGGGCGCCUUCAUCUGCAAGUUCAUCCACUAUUUCUUCACUGUCUCCAUGCUGGUGAGCAUCUUCACGCUCUCAGCCAUGUCCGUGGACCGCUACGUGGCCAUCGUGCACUCCCGGCGCUCCUCGGCCUUGCGUGUCUCCCGUAACGCGCUGCUGGGCGUGGGACUCAUCUGGGCUCUCUCCUUCGCCAUGGCCUCACCCAUGGCGCACCACCAGCGCCUCUUCCACCGCGAUGCCAGCAACCAGACCUUCUGCUGGGAGCAGUGGCCCAACCCACACCACAAGAAGGUCUACGUGGUUUGCACAUUUGUCUUUGGCUACCUGCUUCCACUGCUGCUCAUCUCCUUCUGCUAUGCCAAGGUUCUUAAUCAUCUGCAUAAAAAGUUGAGAAACAUGUCAAAGAAGUCAGAAGCAUCCAAGAAAAAGACGGCACAGACUGUGUUGGUGGUGGUAGUGGUUUUUGGCAUAUCCUGGCUGCCACAUCAUGUCAUUCAUCUCUGGGCUGAAUUUGGAGUUUUCCCACUGACUCAAGCCUCAUUCCUCUUCAGAGUAACUGCACACUGCCUGGCUUACAGUAAUUCUUCGGUGAACCCGAUUAUAUACGCGUUCCUCUCCGAGAAUUUUAGGAAGGCCUACAAACAAGUCUUCAAAUGCCAGUUAGGUAGUGAGUCACCUCUGAACGAUGCCAAGGAGAAUAAAAGUCGGAUAGACACACCGCCGUCUACCAACUGUACGCAUGUGUGA